AUAUUAAGAGAGAGAGAGAGAGAGAGCCACCACCUCUAUUUGAUUGUUUGGAGAUUCCAAAUUCUCCAUCAAUACUGCCAUUAUUGAGCCCUUAAGCAUCUCGCAGCGUCUAAUCCUUGUUUUCCAAUCUAUCUUACCCUCUAUUAUUAACAGAGAGAAUCAUUCUUAUUCCACCAUGCAUGGCUUACUAACCCUUCAUCAAACCUCUCUCCAUCCCUAUAAAACAGGUCCUCAACUCCUCCAACUUCUUCAUUCUAUCUCAUAAACAUACAUAUAUUUUACAUUGUAAAGAUCAAAUUAUAAUAUAGAAGAAUGAAUGGAAAGAAGGGUAGUAUCGUCAUUAAGAUAGUUGAUCGGCCGGAAAAUGGUAAAAAGGAUUCCGGUGAUGCCGGGGAGUCUCCGGCGAGAAAAUGGAUAAGAGAUGUGUGGCAGUUUGCCAAAGAAGACAUGAACAGAAUUACCUUCUCACUUAAGGUUGGUCUGGCUGUGCUGCUUGUCUCCCUGUUGAUACUUAUCAGAGCACCAUAUGAGGUAUUUGGAACCAGCAUCAUUUGGUCCAUACUUACAGUAGCUAUCAUGUUCGAAUACACCGUAGGUGCUACAUUCAACAGAGGGUUCAACCGAGCUCUCGGGAGCCUCCUCGCCGGAAUCUUCGCCAUCACCAUGAUGCAAGUAGCCAUGGCCUGCGGCCAAAUUGCAGAGCCCUACAUCAUUGCCUUAAGCAUCUUCUUCGUAGGGGCUAUAACGUCGUUCAUGAAGCUGUAUCCAUCGCUGGUUCCAUAUGAAUAUGGUUUCAGAGUCAUACUCUUUACGUACUGCCUCAUCAUUAUCUCCGGCUACAGGAUGGGCAAUCCAAUCAGAACGGCCAUGGAUCGAAUGUAUUCCAUAGCAAUAGGAGGCAUAGUCACUGUGCUUGUUAACUCCCUCGUCUUCCCAAUCUGGGCGGGCGAGCAGCUCCACCUAGAGCUCGUGGGAAGCUUCAAUGCUGUUGCAGAUUCGCUCGAAGAGUGUGUCAAGAAGUACUUGGCAGAUGAUGGCUCGAGCCACCCCGAGUUCUCCAAGACAGUAAUGGACGACUUCGCUGAUGAACCGGCAUUCCACAAGUGUCGAGCAACAUUGAAUUCAUCGGCAAAGUUUGAAGCUGUGGCGAAUUCGGCAAAGUGGGAGCCGCCGCAUGGCAGAUUCCGGCACUUCUUCUAUCCAUGGUCAGAAUACGUCAAGGUUGGGGCGGUGCUCCGGCACUGCGCCUAUGAGGUUAUGGCUUUGCACGGCUGCCUGCAUUCAGAGAUUCAGGCACCAUAUAAUCUGAGAUGUGCAUUCCAGCCAGAGAUCCUUGAUGCUACAAAUCAGGCAGCGGAGCUAUUACGAAGCCUAGGCAAAGAUAUCAACAACAUGAAACGAAGCCUGCUGACAAAUUUGUUGAAGAGAGUACACAGCUCAACUGAGCGCCUACAACGUUCAAUUGACAUGCACUCUUACCUGCUAACUUCAAGCCAUGAAAUUCAAGAUUGUCCUCCUAAACUUCCUAUAUCGCAACCCUCAAAUACAAUCACUCGCACCUCUAAGGACUCACACAGCCAAGUGGAGGAAUCAGAAAGUAACGAUGAAAAGCUAAAUUCAGCUUAUACCAAACAAGUCCAAGGUGAUUCUUACCACGAGACCAUGAGAAAGCAGCAAAGGCGGCUCUACUCAUGGCCUUCAAGGGAAGUUGACGAUUACGAAGAUGGAGAUGUUGACACAGAAAUGCUUCAAAAAAUGCGUACCUUUGAAAGCACUGCAGCUCUUUCCUUGGCCACUUUUGCUUCAUUGCUCAUAGAAUUUGUCGCGCGACUUGAUCACUUGGUUGAUGCUACUGAUCUCCUCGCUAGGAUGGCCAAGUUCAAGGAAGAUUAUUAAAGCUAAAAGAGCUUUUUGUGAUGUGUACCAUCUUAAUGCCAAUUAUCAGUUUCAUGCAACAAAGAUAUACAUUUUGCAGAUGAGGGACUUGGUUUGUAGGCUAAACAGGUUUAUAUUAUAUAAAUCUUUUUUUUUUUCCAAGAGAAAUCAGAACUAGCACGGAAAAAAUUUCUCUAAAGAGAUUUUAUUAAUAUUCCACAACUUUGUAGGUAUAAGAAAGCAGUUUCCUGAUAAUCAAAUCUGUAAAUUCUAUAA